UUUGAGCAUCCUACUGUUCCAGCGCACUGAUUGUGGAGCCUGAAACAGUUAUACAGCCUGGAAAGAGGAAUUCACAGCAGGGAAGAGCAGCAUUUGUGUGCGGCUGAAGCAUCGGCCAUGGAGAAACUGGAGGGAUCUCGCCCUGUGGAGAAAAUGUGGAAGUGUGGCGAUUGCGGGAAAGGCUUCCGUUUCCCAUCUGCCCUGGAGACUCAUCGGCGCAGUCACACCGGAGAGAGGCCAUUUCCCUGCACAGAGUGCAAGAAAGCCUUCAGCAAUUCCUAUGAUCUGCUGAAGCACCGGCGGGUACACACAGGGGAGAGGCCCUUCAGCUGCCCUGAGUGCGGAAAGGGCUUUACCCAGGCCUCCAACCUGCUGACCCACCAGCAGGUUCAUAUCAAGGAGAGGCCGUUCCUCUGCACUGUGUGUGGGAAGGCCUUCAGCAAUUCCUCUGCCUUGCUGACCCACCGGCGGGUCCACACAGGAGAGAGACCCUUCAGCUGCCCCGAGUGCAGGAGGGCCUUUAGCGAUUCCUCCGCCCUGCUGAGGCACCGGCGUGUCCACACCGGGGAAUGGCCCUUCAGCUGUCCUGAGUGUGGGAAGGGGUUCAGUGAUUCCUCCACCCUGCUGAUCCACCAGCGAGUCCACACGGGGGAAAGGCCCUUCAGCUGCCCCAAGUGUGGGAAGGGCUUCAGCGAUUCCUCCACCCUGCUGACCCACCGGCGAGUCCACACUGGGGAGAGGCCCUUCAGGUGCCCAGUGUGUGGGAAGGGGUUCAGUCAGGUGGGCAACUUGCGAAGGCAUGAGCGGCUCCACUAGGGGGAGAGGCCCUUCAGGGGCCCCGAAUGCAGGAAGGGGUUCAUUUGCUCGGUUAGCUGCUGACCCACCAGUGGGUCCAUGUGGGGGAGCGGCCAUUUCAGUGAGAGAAGGCAUUCUCUUGGGGGUGAGGGUUCAGGGCGGGGAAGAAAACCCCCAUCUGAUUCACUCAUACCCUUUUUAGAGAAGGAAACUGCCUUGUGGGAAAGGAUUCACUCAAUUGUCCCAGUUGCUUCCUUUACCCAGUCUGGCCUACACGUGACCCACAGCAGUGCAGUUGACUCUACACUGCCCCUUCCCAUGGCAAAUAAGCAGGGAGAAACUUACUUGGACACAGGGUAGAUUAGAUUACUUAGUGUGGAAACCGGCCCUUUGGCCCAACAAGUCUACACUGACCCACCGAAGCUCAACCCACCCAGACCCAUUCCCCUACAUUUACCCCUUCACCUAACACUACGGGCAAUUUAGCAUGGCCAAUUCACCUAGCCUGCACACCUUUGGACUGUGGGAGGAAACCGGAGCAUCCGGAGGAAACCCAUGCAGACACGGGGAGAAUUGUGCAAACUCCACACAGUCAGUCGCCUGAGGUGGGAAUUGAACCCUGGUCUCUGGCGCUGUGAGACACCAGUGCUAACCACUGUGCUGUCCACAUUGUUUUAAAAAAAAGGUUACUUUUUCUACCCCUUUUUGCUGGGGGAUCUGAGGCUGUAACAAAGUUGGGUCACAAUGUCAUAUAUUAGAUGGAGCAGUGAAUGAGUAGCUAGUAUCAUUAGAAAUUGUAAAUUUUCGGGAGUGCAGGUACAGCAUUGUUUCAGAGGCAUUGUAAAGUUUACUGGCAGCACCAGGAGGUGUGGGCUGCGUUCACUGGAAAUGAUGUGGAGGUGUCAGUGUUGGACUGGGAUGGAUAAAGUUAAAAAUCUCACAGCACCAGGUUAUACUCCAACAGGUUUAUUUUUCACCCUUGUCCAUUUCCCUUGUCCCCCUCCCUCAGCCCAC